AUGUUGUUAUCUUUGUAUCGAAGCUCUUCGAGACCUCGAACGCGAACCAGGGUGCACGGACAACCAAUUGAAGUCGUCGAAGAGUUCUGUUACCUGGGCUGUAUGCUGAAGAACAGCAGCAAUUAUGAGAAAGGUAUUCAGCAAGGAUGCGCUGAGGUCAUUUCCGCAUUCAACUACUUAACAAAAUGCCUGUGGUCGAUCUCCAUCCCCAACGAAGUCAAGCUGCGAGUCUACCUAUCCGCAAUUCGCCCUGUCAUGAUGUACGGAUCGCAGACUUGA